AUCUUUCUUGCGCUCGGGAAGCUCGGGGCUCGGCGGCUCCCAGAGGCUGCGGCGGUGGCUCCAGCAAGGCGGGAAUAGGCAAGUCAAGAGGCUGAAAAUCUGAAGAAUGUUUUCAAAGGGUAAUCUGGCUGUCCCUUGCUGGUUAUGGAGGAGCAUGAGGAAGCUAUUUCUAUUACUUUCUGUCUUGCUGUCCCAUGCAGCUCAUUUGGAAGGCAAAAAGGAUAAUCAGUUCAUCUGGAAACCAGGCCCCUGGGGAAGGUGUACGGGCGACUGUGGACCGGGAGGAGUGCAGAGUCGCGCGCUGUGGUGUUUCCACGUGGAAGGGUGGACGAGUCCCACCUCCAACUGCGACGAGAACCACAGGCCUCCCAAGGAAAGAAGUUGCUUCCGGGUGUGUGACUGGCACAGCGACCUCUUCCAGUGGGAGGUCUCCGACUGGCACCGCUGCGUGCUGGUUCCCGCCAGCGCCGGCCAAGCCCCGCCUCGGACCGCGGAGUGCGUGACGGCGCAGCACGGGCUGCAGGACCGCACCGUGCGCUGCGUUCAGAAGUUGAACAGAACCAGGGUCGUCAAUGAGAUUUGUGAACACUUUGCCCCUCAGCCGCCCGCAGAACAAGCUUGCCUCGUGCCCUGCCCCCGGGAUUGUAUCGUAUCGGAGUUCUCCCCGUGGUCCGAGUGCAGCGAGGGCUGUGAGAAGCAACUGCAGCACAGGACGCGGGCGGCCAUCGCUCCCCCUCUCUAUGGCGGGUCUCAGUGCCCCAACCUGACCGAGUCCAGGGCCUGUGACACUCCCAUUUCCUGUCCUCUUGGCGAAGAGGAAUACACUUUCAGCCUUAAAGUAGGACCGUGGAGUAAAUGUAGACUGCCUCAUCUUAAAGAAAUUAACCUCAGUGGAAGAGCUGUUCUGGAUUUCAGCUCUGAUUCAAAGGAGCGAGUCACCUUUCGACAUCAAAGUUACAAGCCACAUCACCUCUCCAGGCCCUGGGACUUAGGCAUAGGUUAUCAAACCCGGCAGGUCUGGUGCACCAGAAGUGAUGGGAAAAAUGCCAUGUUAAGCCUUUGCGUGCAAGACUCCUUCCCUUUGACUGUCCAGUCUUGCAUCAUGCCAAAAGAUUGUGAAACCACUGAGUGGUCCUCCUGGAGCCCCUGCUCUAAGACGUGUCGUUCAGGAAGUCUCUCACCAGGAUUUAGGAGCAGGCGCCGGAAUGUGAAGCAUGUUGCUAUUGGGGGUGGAAAGGAGUGCCCUGAACUUCUCGAGAAAGAGGCCUGCAUUGUUGAAGAACUCUUACAGCCAUGUCCCAGGUAUGCCUGGAGGACCUCUGAAUGGAAAGAAUGCCAAGUCUCUCUUCUCCUCAAGCAGCAGGACCCCCACUGGCAUGUGACGGGACCCGUUUGUGGAGGAGGGAUCCAGACCCGGGACGUAUACUGUGCCCAGAGCACACCAGUGUCCACUGCACAGAAGGCCAAGGAAGUCUCUAGACCUGUGAAAAAGACUUCAUGCUUGGGACCUGCCCCUUCAGCCUCUCAGCUUUGCAAUCUCCCUUGCUCUACAGACUGUGUAGUAUCUUCCUGGUCAGCUUGGGGCCUGUGCGUCCAUGAAAGCUGCCGCGAUCCUCAGGGGAGAAAAGGGUUUAGACUGAGACGGCGCCAUGUCCUCAUGGAAUCCACAGGGCCUGCAGGCCACUGCCCUCAUUUGGUGGAGUCGGUUCCUUGCGAGGAUCCAAUGUGUUACCGGUGGCUGGUGUCUGAAGGGAUCUGUAUCCCUGAUCAUGGAAAAUGUGGCCUGGGGCAUCGCAUCCUGAAGGCCGUCUGCCAGAAUGACCGAGGAGAAGAUGUAUCAGGGAGUCUCUGCCCAGCAUCUCCGCCUCCUGAAAGGAUGGCUUGUGAAAUUCCCUGCCGAAUGGAUUGUGUGCUGAGUGAGUGGACAGAGUGGUCAUCUUGUUCCCAGUCUUGUUCAAAUAAAAACUCAGAUGGGAAACAGACCAGGUCAAGGACUAUCCUGGCAUUGGCGGGAGAAGGUGGAAAACCAUGUCCCCCUAAUCAGGCCCUCCAAGAAUAUCGUUCAUGCAAUGACCAUUCCUGUAUGCAACUCUACUGGGAAACAUUACCUUGGGGCCCCUGUUCUGAAGACACAUUGGUAACUGCUCUUAAUGCAACCAUUGGCUGGACUGGAGAAGCUACAUGUGGUGUGGGCAUUCAGACACGGAGGGUCUUUUGUGUCAAGAAUCACGUGGGACAAGUGAUGGCCAAAAGAUGUCCAGAUUCAACUCGGCCCGAAACAGUGCGUCCUUGCCUUCUCCCGUGCAAAAAAGACUGUAUUGUGACAGCUUUCAGUGAGUGGACGCCCUGCCCGAGGUCCUGCCAACCAGGAAAUGCCACAGUAAAACAGUCUCGAUACAGGAUUAUCAUCCAGGAAGCAGCCAAUGGAGGCCAAGAAUGCCCAGAUACCUUAUUUGAAGAGCGAGAGUGUGAAGAUAUUUCAUUGUGUCCCAUAUAUCGAUGGAAGCCACAGAAAUGGAGCCCUUGUAUAUUGGUGCCAGAGUCUGUCAGGCAGGCGAUAAUGGGCACCAGUGAAGCCUGUGGAAAGGGGGUACAAACAAGAGCGGUCUCCUGUGUCUCUGAUGAUAACCAGUCGGCAGAAAUGAUGGAAUGCCUCAAGCAGACAAAUGGCAUGCCUCCCCUUGUACAAGAAUGCACAGUCCCGUGUCGAGAUGACUGCACCUUCACGGUUUGGUCCAAGUUUACUCCCUGCUCCACAAAUUGUGAAACAACCCGAAGUCGACGGCGACAGCUCACAGGGAAAAGCAGGAAGAAAGAGAAAUGCCAGGACUCUGACCUGUACCCUCUCAUAGAAACAGAACUGUGCCCUUGUGAUGUAUUUAUAUCUCAGCCUUAUGGAAACUGGUCAGAUUGCAUUCUUCCAGAAGGCAGAAGGGAGUCUCAACGAGGAUAUCGGGUACAAGGAGACAGCAAAGAAUGUGGAAAAGGCCUGCGCUUUCGAGCAAUAGCCUGCUCUGAUAAAAACGGAAGACCUGUUGACCCCUCCCACUGCAGCAGCUCUGGUUAUAUUCAAGAAGAGUGUGUCAUCCCAUGCCCAUUUGAUUGCAAGUUAAGCGACUGGUCUAGUUGGGGGUCUUGCAGCUCAUCUUGUGGGAUUGGAGUGCGAAUUCGGUCCAAAUGGCUAAAAGAAAAACCUUACAAUGGAGGUCGCCCAUGUCCCAGACUGGAUCUCAAGAAUCAGGCUCAGGUGCAUGAGGCAGUCCCUUGCUACAGUGAAUGCAAUCAGUAUUCGUGGGUGGUAGAACACUGGUCUCCAUGCAAAAUCCACAAUGAACUGAGGUCUCUACGCUGUGGAGGAGGAACGCAAUCUAGGAAAAUCAGAUGUGUGAAUGCUGCUGAUAGUGAAGGGGGAGCUGUGGAUAAUAGCCUAUGCAGCCAGGAUGAAAUUCCCCCAGAAACCCAGUCCUGCUCUCUUCUGUGUCCCAGUGAAUGUGUCAUGUCUGAGUGGGGAUCUUGGAGCAAAUGCCCACAGUCAUGUGAUCCUCACUCAACGCAGAGAAGAACCCGCCAUCUGCUAAGACCCUCACUGAAUUCAAGGACAUGUGCUGAAGACUCACAGGUGCGCCCUUGCCUCCUCAAUGAAAAUUGCUUCCAGUUCCAGUACAAUCUAACAGAGUGGAGCACAUGCCAGCUGAGUGAAAAUGCCACCUGUGGGCGAGGCGUCAGGACCCGCCUUCUGAGCUGUGUGCGCAGUGACGGCAAGCCAGUUGGUGUGGACCAGUGUGAGCAGCGUAACUUGGAGAAGCCUCAGAGAAUGAGCAUUCACUGCCUGGUGGAAUGUGCAGUCAACUGUCAGCUCUCGGGGUGGACAGCAUGGACCGAAUGUUCAAAGACCUGUGGCCAUGGAGGUCAAAUGAGCCGGGCUCGAUUCGUCAUUAUGCCAACCCAAGGAGAAGGACGGCCAUGCCCAACAGAGCUGACCCAGCAGAAAACCUGCCCAGUGACGCCUUGCUACAGCUGGGUCCUUGGCAACUGGUCUGCAUGUAAAUUGGAGGGUGGAGACUGUGGGGAAGGAGUCCAGAUCCGCAGCCUGUCCUGCAUGGUCCACAAUGGUUCAAGCUCUCAGUCAGCUGUAAGUGUAGACGCUGCACUGUGUGGAGAAAUGCCCUUUCAAGACAGCAUCCUGAAACAGCCAUGUUCUGUGCCUUGCCCAGGAGACUGCCACUUAAUGGAAUGGUCAGAAUGGAGCACAUGUGAAUUAACCUGCAUCAAUGGAAGAAGCUUCGAGACCAUGGGCCGCCAGUCUAGGUCAAGGGCAUUUAUAGUCCAGUCUUUUGAGAACCAAGACAGCUGCCCCCAGCAGGUUCUAGAAACACGCCCCUGUACAGGAGGCAAAUGUUAUCACUACACAUGGAAAGCAAGUCUUUGGAACAAUAAUGAACGAACUGUAUGGUGCCAACGUUCAGAUGGCAUUAAUGUCACAGGAGGCUGCGCCCCUCAGGCACGUCCUGCUGCUAUUCGGCAGUGUAAUCCAGCCUGCAAAAAACCUUUCUCUUACUGUACACAGGGUGGAGUCUGCGGUUGUGAGAAGGGCUACAGAGAGAUCAUGAGGUCAAAUGGUUUCCUGGAUUACUGUAUGAAAGUACCUGGCUCUGAGGAGAAAAAAGCUGAUGUGAAGAACCUUGCGGGGAAAAACAGACCUGUGAAUUCAAAGAUACAUGACAUUUUUAAAGGAUGGUCACUUCAACCUCUUGAUCCAGAUGGCCGAGUAAAAAUUUGGGUUUAUGGCGUCUCAGGUGGAGGUUUUCUUAUCAUGAUUUUCCUAGUAUUUACUUCCUACCUUCUUUGAUAAACAGAGCUCUGUGAACCUAUAUCUGAGGAAUUCUUUUCCCUUUGCAGCAAGAAGCCAAAACCACAUCAAAGCACACCUCCCCAACAGAAGCCUCUGACCUUAGCCUACGACGGAGACUUAGACAUGUAACCUGAAAAAGAAAUCCAAAUGUAGACAUCAACUGCCUUAACCGCUUUCUCUUUUGUAGCUCUCAGACUUCUCAGUUUUUUGAGGAAUCUCAUGAUGUGAUACAUUGGGCAGAAUACAAAUAUUGCAGAAGUAAUAUUUCCUCAACUUCAUUUGAACAUGGAGUCAAGGAUUCUUAGGUCUGCCAUUUUGCUUUCAAAUUGUUUGUGGGUGUGUGUUUAAUUUUUUGAUUUUCCCAAGGGUCCUGAAAACCCUUCUCUUCCUGUUUGGAAAUGGGAGGAAGAAAACAUGAUGGAAUUCCCACAGACUUCAGUAAACUUUAUCUUCAGCAGCAUGAUGACAAUCUGGAGGAAAGUCCAAUCAAGGCAUUUACUGUAAAUGAUGAGCCUGACACUGCUUUGUUAUGCACUAUAUUAGUGCAAGUCUUUAUUCUUCCCAUAUUUCAACACUGAGUUUUCUAGAGUUUACAUUGGUUCAAAGACUUUGAAAUUGGAUUGCCUAUUUUCAUGAACACAGAGAGAAUGGUUUACCAUUUCAGAAAUUCUCUGAGUUUUUACCUUUAAAUAUUGUAUUUUGUUUUGUAGCCAGGGGGUGAUGGCACUUCAUGGGUUGCAUUUAUUGAAAAAAAAAAUGGUGUGGGCAUAACUGCUGGUCUAGAUGAAAGCUAGGUGGUUGCUGAAUGAAAUAUGUAUUGAGUGUUAGGUGAUUACAUUGGAGAGUGAGGUAGAUUAUUUGAUUACUAAAACUAUUUUAACAGAAAUUUAGCCAUGUAGAUAUAAUACUAUACCAUACACACAGGUUAUUCAGUUUAAUGAUAACAAACUCUGCUUUUGUAAUUUCAAUUUUCUUAUCUGAAUAUUUAUAAAUUCUUUUUUUGAAUUUAAUUAUCUGACCUCAUUUAAUAUACAUCAAACACCAAUCCUGUUUGUAGCAAGUCUUGCUUUUAUAAGGUUUCAAUAAUACCUAAACACAUUAAAGAGCUGAAACCAUUUUAUGAAGAUAAUUGUUUGUAAUUGUAGAUGUUGAGAGUAAGAAGGUGCCAUCUUGUGGUAUUGACUUGUAUUUAUAACAAAUAAAGUGCUCAAGAGACUGAGAUAUUGCCUAUUCUAGACUUAUUCACUUAUGAAAUGCCCUUGCCUUGACAAAAAACAGUUUUGCUGU